UGAAUUAAUUAAUGUGAAUCCACAGUUUUUUGCAACAAUUAUGCAAUUGCACUGGAGCACUACCUCCAUACCGACAAACCAUCCACUUAACCAAAAAUUUUACGUUAGUUUCUUAUCGGAUAUAUACCUAUCACCAAUGCCAUCACAUACAGAUAACGGCUAUCAACCUCCCCCCUGAAUUCCUGGGGUUAUCUAAGCUUAUCUGAUUAAGUUUUCAGACACCAAAAUUGGGUCGUGUCCAGAUAAUUUUUACCCAAUUAGUGAAAAAUCCUUUGGAAAAGUUUUUCAUUUUCAGCUGAUUUGAAGCAUUUAGUAUUCGUAUUGAUACCAGGCCAAGUAAGAGAUAAUAUAGUUCAAUGGGGGAUGAGCUUUGACCAUUCACUUACGUUGGAUAUUCCAUUCCAAACAUCUCGUCAGGCGUCCAUUGCAUGCAACACGUUGUCUCCAGACCCAAUAUUGAAGGCCAAUGAAUUAACCGUGGAGUAUUCCACCAAGGAGUCUCAUUUGUUGGUCAAAUUUGAUGGUGCUAGUGAUAGGGUGAUAAGGGUGGCCAUAUCUAAUGUCAUUGAUAACUUGAAGACCAUCAUUGAAUGCAUGGAUGAAUUCGAUGAACCUGAAAAGUAAGACAAACUAUCGAAUGUUUUACCAAAAGCAUCGAGGCACCUUCAACUCUUCGGUAGCAUCAUAUACGUAUAGACUUAUGUAUUAUGUAUAGGCUUUUGUACUAUGGAUAACUUAUGUAUUAUGUAUAACAAUAAUUCAAGAAUUAGUGAUUUACC